UGGUGCUACUGUGGAGGGCUUGUUGUUUGGUCCACUGCUUAACGUUGUGUUCUUUAGCAGUAUAUUCCAUGAAUGUCUCUGAGAAAUGCACGCAGGACACCAGGACUUUUCUCUCAGAGCUAAACAAGGACCUGCCCAGUGAAUAUGCUGCUUUAAUGUAUGAUGCCUUUGGGAAGAUGGGUAGUGAUGUGUUGGGGGGCAAUGUGAACAGGCCUGGGUCUCUCCAGGAGUGUCUGUCUGUCCAGGGACCCUCCUUUACUGGACAGUACUGCCAGGUCUUCCUCAAACAAGACCCAAUCCAGUACUUUGUUGGAAUUUGUGUUCCUGAUACCUGUGUGGAAGAAGAGGUUCAGACACUAGUUGUUUACGAGACCUUCCAGCAGGCCAGGACCUCCCUGAUCCCUCCAGUACCGUCCACCCUACUGGCCCAGUCCACUCAGGGCCUGUUCAUGACCCAGUGUCUGUCCCGUACUAGUGCUCCAGACCUGUCUGUUGUCACCUGCCUGUUUGUGUGUUGUGCGUUGGUGGCCGUCCCCUUGACUGCAACCCUGUUCGUGGCCAUAGUGAGAUGGCAGAGAAACAGAGAGGUCGGCCCUGGAGUGGAGUCUUGUUCUCUGAAAACCAGGGACCCAAACCUCUACGGGACGCUGAUGUCUAAUGGCACGUCCAGUGUUAGAGCCAGUAACAACAGCUGCUCUGGACAACUGGACAGCCAGAUGGAGCACUACACAGAGGAGGAAGUAGAGGAGGAGGAAGUGGAGGAGGAGGAGGGCAGUAAGAAGAGUUGUAUGUACUCCUGGCUCCAGACCUUCUCCUUCCAGGCCUGUAGCCAGGAGGUCCUCUCUACAGCUAGCCCAGGUGGAGGCUACUCCUCCCUGAAUGGAAUCCGCAUCUUUAGCCUUCUAUGGAUAAUCUGUGGACACACUGUCCAGCUCAGCGCCUGGAACAACCUAGAUAAUGAAAAGAGAUGGAAAGGGACAGUGGAGAAAAACCCUCUGCAUGUGUUUGCCUUCAGUGGACCUGUUUAUCUGGCUGUGGAUACCUUUCUGCUCCUCGGAGGUCUUUUGAGUGCAAGGUCCCUGCUGGGGUCCAUUCAGAGAGCGGAGGACAAACUGAGUCCAGGUCUGGUGGCCAACUUCCUCUUCAAGAGGUUUAAAAGAGUCCAGCCGCUGCACCUCUUCAUCGUGUGUCUCGCUAUCGGCCUCUUCUCCGUGGUCCAGAGAGGUGCAUUCUGGUUCAUCGCCGAGGAUGAGAUCAUCAACUGUAAAAAGUACUGGUGGUCCAACCUGCUACUGGUCAACAACCUCUUCACCAUCACUGACAUAUGUGCUCCAUGGACCUGGUAUCUGUCCCUGGAUUUCCAGUUCUAUGCAACAACCCCCCUGCUCAUCUACCUCUAUAGGCUGAACAAAGGUGUUCUGGUUGGUGUGGCUUCAGCUCUGCUGUUUCUGUCCAGUUUGACUAGCGCUGUUCUCACUGCCCUACUGCACCUACCAGUUCACCAGCCUACCACACUAAAAUAUGAAAACUACUUCCAGUAUUACUACAAUAAACCCUACACCAGAUACGGGCCCUACCUGAUUGGGAUUCUGGCAGGGAUAAGCAUGACAACCAAGAAAGGCCACCUUUUAAAACAUCAGUGGCAGGCUGCAGUAGGUUGGUUCUGCUGCCUGUCAGUCAUGGCGAUAUUGGUAGGCUUGGCCUAUGUCCUCCGGGAUGUCCCACCCCAGCCGUCCGCGCCUCACGCCCUCUACCAGGGGAUCCAUCGCUCCCUCUGGGCCCUGGCCGUGGCCUGGAUCAUACUGGCCUGUGAGGAGGGAUAUGGAGGAUUUGUUGAUAACCUCCUGUCACUAAAUCUGUGGGUUCCUCUGUCCAACAUCAGCUUUGCCUGUUACCUGAUCCAUCCUGUUCUUAUUAUACUAUACAACGGCAAACAGGAGACUCCUAUACACUACACAGACAUGAACUUUUUCUAUCUGUUCCUGGGUCACAUGAUUCUGACGGUGGUGAUUGGCUAUGUGCUGACCGUAUUGGUGGAGAAGCCCUACCUCUUCCUCAGGGGCAGUAAGACUUAAGGACACGACCCCCUCGACCCUCCUCCUUUAGAACAUGACCCCUAGACCCUCCUCUCUACGACAUGACGCCUAGACCCUCCUCCCUACGGCAUGACCCCUAGAUCGUCCUCCUCUACGACAUGACCCCUAGACCCUCCUCCCUACGACAUGACCCCUCCUCCCUACGACAUGACCACUAGACCCUCCUCUGUACGACAUGACCCCCUAGACCCUCCUCCUCUAUGACAUGACCCCUAGACCCUCCUCCCUACGACAUGACCCCUCCUCCCUACAACAGGACCCCCUAGACCCUCCUCCUCUACGACAGGACCCCCUAGACCCUCCUCCUCUAUGACAUGACCCCUAGACCCUCCUCCCUACGACAUGACCCCUCCUCCCUACGACAGGACCCCCUAGACCCUCCUCCUCUACGACAUGACCCCUAGACCCUCCUCCCUACGACAGGACCCCUAGACCCUCCUCCUCUAUGACAUGACCCCUAGACCCUCCUCCUCUAUGACAUGACCCCUAGACCCUCCUCCUCUACAACACUCCUGUAGAUCUGAAAGGAUUGGAUAGCUGUGAGCAGUAUGGCCAUAAAUUAAAGGAAUGAUGACGACAUGACCCCUAGACCCUCCUCCCUAUGACAUGACCCCUCCUCCCUACGACAGGACCCCUAGACCCUCCUCCUCUAUGACAUGACCCCUAGACCCUCCUCCCUACGACAUGACCCCUCCUCCCUACGACAGGACCCCCUAGACCCUCCUCCCUCCGACAGGACCCCUAGACCCUCCUCCCUACGACAGGACCCCCUAGACCCUCCUCCCUACGACAUGACCCCUCCUCCUCUAUGACAUGACCCCUAGACCCUCCUCCUCUACAACACUCCUGUAGAUCUGAAAGGAUUGGAUAGCUGUGAGCAGUAUGGCCAUAAAUUAAAGGAAUGAUGACGACAUGACCCCUAGAUCCUCCUCCCUACGACAUGACCCCUCCUCCCUACGACAUGACCCCUCCUCCCUACGACAGGACCCCUCCUCCUCUACGACAUGACCCCUAGACCCUCCUCCUCUACAACACUCCUGUAGAUCUGAAAGAGCUGUGAGCAGUAUGGCCAUAUAUUAAAGGAAUGAUGACGACAUGACCCCUAGACCCUCCUCCCUACGACAUGACCCCUCCUCCCUACGACAGGACCCCUCCUCCUCUACGACAUGACCCCUAGACCCUCCUCCUCUACAACACUCCUGUAGAUCUGAAAGGAUUGGAUAGCUGUGAGCAGUAUGGCCAUAAAUUAAAGGAAUGAUGACGACAUGACCCCUAGACCCUCCUCCCUACGACAUGACCCCUCCUCCCUAUGACAUGACCCCCUAGACCCUCCUCCUCUACGACAUGAUCCCUAGACCCUCCUCCCUACGACAUGACCCCUCCUCCCUACGACAUGACCCCCUAGACCCUCCUCCUCUACGACAUGAUCCCUAGACCCUCCUCCCUACGACAUGACCCCUCCUCCCUACGACAGGACCCCUCCUCCUCUACGACAUGACCCCUAGACCCUCCUCCUCUACAACACUCCUGUAGAUCUGAAAGGAUUGGAUAGCCGUGAGCAGUAUGGCCAUAAAUUAAAGGAAUGAUGACGACAUGACCCCUAGACCCUCCUCCUCUACGACAUGACCCCUAGACCCUCCUCCUCUACAACACUCCUGUAGAUCUGAAAGGAUUGGAUAGCCGUGAGCAGUAUGGCCAUAAAUUAAAGGAAUGAUGACGACAUGACCCCCUAGACCCUCCUCCUCUACGACAUGACCCCUAGACCCUCCUCCCUACGACAUGACCCCUCCUCCCUACGACAGGACCCCCUAGACCCUCCUCCUCUACGACAUGACCCCUAGACCCUCCUCCCUACGACAUGACCCCUCCUCCCUACGACAUGAUCCCUCCUCCCUACGACAGGACCCCUAGACCCUCCUCCUCUACAACACUCCUGUAGAUCUGGAAGGAUUGGAUAGCUGUGAGCAGUAUGGCCAUAAAUUAAAGGAAUAAUGUAUGGGCUGAUUUAUAAAGAUGACUGUAUUCAUUGUAAGAUGGAAGAUGUGCGUUGUAAAUGAUUGUAUAAUUUGCCAUGUAUAAAAACUGUAACAUAAAGUCUGAACAGAGUGGUAAGUUAGAAUGUAAUACUUUCUGUGGUUAGAAUGUUUAACGCUGACUGUAGUAUUGAGGUACAAUGUUACUUGUGAAGCCAAGCAGUAUAAGAAGAGCUCUUCACGAGAUACAGUGCCUUGCGAAAGUAUUCGGCCCCCUUGAACUUUGCGACCUUUUGCCACAUUUCAGGCUUCAAACAUAAAGAUAUAGAACUGUAUUUUUUUGUGAAGAAUCAACAACAAGUGGGACACAAUCAUGAAGUGGAACAACAUUUAUUGGAUAUUUCAAACUUUUUUAACAAAUCAAAACCUGAAACAUUGGGCGUGCAAAAUUAUUCAGCCCCUUUACUUUCAGUGCAGCAAACUCUCUCCAGAAGUUCAGUGAGGAUCUCUGAAUGAUCCAAUGUUGACCUAAAUUACUAAUGAUGAUAAAUACAAUCCACCUGUGUGUAAUCAAGUCUCCGUAUAAAUGCACCUGCACUGUGAUAGUCUCAGAGGUUCAUUAAAAGCGCAGAGAGCAUCAUGAAGAACAAGGAACACACCAGGCAGGUCUGAGAUACUGUUGUGAAGAAGUUUAAAGCCGGAUUUGGAUACAAAAACAUUUCCCAAGCUUUAAACAUCCCAAGGAGCACUGUGCAAGCGAUAAUAUUGAAAUGGAAGGAGUAUCAGACCACUGCAAAUCUACCAAGACCUGGCCAUCCCUCUAAACUUUCAGCUCAUACAAGGAGAAGACUGAUCAGAGAUGCAGCCAAGAGGCCCAUGAUCACUCUGGAUGAACUGCAGAGAUCUACAGCUGAAGUGGGAGACUCUGUCCAUAGGACAACAAUCAGUCGUAUAUUGCACAAAUCUGGCCUUUAUGGAAGAGUGGCAAGAAGAAAGCCAUUUCUUAAAGAUAUCCAUAAAAAGUGUUGUUUAAAGUUUGCCACAAGCCACCUGGGAGACACACCAAACAUGUGGAAGAAUGUGCUCUGGUCAGAUGAAACCAAAAUUGAACUUUUUGGCAACAAUGCAAAACGUUAUGUUUGACGUAAAAGCAACACAGCUCAUCACCCUGAACACACCAUACCCACUGUCAAACAUGGUGGUGGCAGCAUCCUGGUUUGGGCCUGCUUUUCUUCAGCAGAGACAGGGAAGAUGGUUAAAAUUGAUGGGAAGAUGGAUGGAGCCAAAUACAGGACCAUUCUGGAAGAAAAUCUGAUGGAGUCUGCAAAAGAUCUGAGACUGGGACGGAGAUUUGUCUUCCAACAAGACAAUGAUCCAAAACAUAAAGCAAAAUCUACAAAGGAAUGGUUCAAAAAUAAACAUAUCCAGGUGUUAGAAUUGCCAAGUCAAAGUCCAGACCUGAAUCCAAUCGAGAAUCUGUGGAAAGAACUGAAAACUGCUGUUCACAAAUGCUCUCCAUCCAACCUCACUGAGCUCGAGCUGUUUUGCAAGGAGGAAUGGGAACAAAAUUUCAGUCUCUCAAUGUGCAAAACUUAUAGAGACAUACCCCAAGCGACUUACAGCUAUAAUCGCAGCAAAAGGUGGCGCUACAAAGUAUUAACUUAAGGGGGCUGAAAAAUAUUGCACGCCCAAUUUUUCAGUAUUUUUAUUUGUUAAAAAAGUUUGAAAUAUCCAAUAAAUGUCGUUCCACUUCAUGAUUGUGUCCCACUUGUUGUUGAUUCUUCACAAAAAAAUACAGUUUUAUAUCUUUAUGUUUGAAGCCUGAAAUGUGGCAAAAGGUCGCAAAGUUCAAGGGGGCCGAAUACUUUCGCAAGGCACUGUACAUAAACAUACAAAGGCCAUUACCUCAAAAGUGAGUUUACAACUAGAUCAACUUUCAAAGCAGAAUUACUUUUCCAUUGUUCCUCAAAUGCUGUGUAUGAUAAACCAUUUUGCUGAUAAA